AUGACUGCUGUUGAUGCUUUAUUUGCUCAAGCUGAUGUUAAUCAUGAUCAAAGACUUGAUUUAAACGAGUUUCAAAAUAUUAUUGGUGCUACUGAAUCAACUGACUCAUCUUCAUACCAGUCCUCAUCAUACGAAUCAUCAAUAACUGAUGGUGCUUUAAGUGACAAUCUUGCAUAUGCUAAAGCUGGAAAUGGAAUCACUACACAAACAAAUACUGUUCAACGCUAUGAAACUGAUGCUCAAGGUAUCUUCAAAGAUCCCAAUCCACAAAUCAUACGUCGUCCAGCGGCAAGCGGUGCUGUAGCUUACACACAAAAUGUUAAAAUUCGAUUUCUUCAACCACCACCUACUCCACCACCAGGUCCACUCAUCAUCAAAGAAAUACGACCACCACAACCACCACCUCCACCACCACUUCGUAUUCGACAACAAGCUCCUCCUCUUCCUCAACCACCUCCACUUGUUUUACGUGAACGACCACCAAUUCCACCAGCUAGUAUAGCUUCUCGAACAAUUAUUCGACGAUUGGCUGCUCCUCCUGUCCCGCCUCGAACAGUAAUUAUCGAACAUUUACCAGCAUUACCACCAAAACCGCGAGAUAUUAUCAUCGAACGGUGGAUACCGUAUGAAGUAGCCGCAAAACGCAAAGUUAUCGUUCAACGCGCCGCAGCUGCUCAACCGUAUCCAGAACCACGUAAUGUUGUUAUUCAUUAUGAACCCAUUCAAGUACGUGUUGUUCGACAAUUUCAACGUCUUGGUGUUACACAAGAAAACCCUGCUGCAUAUGCUCAACGUUAUGGAGAAUCCCUUUUAGAUACACAAACAUUAUUAACACAAGCUCGUGCUGCUGGUGUUGUUGAAGAUAUUUCAGCACCAGCUCUCACUAGUACAAUAGCUAAUCAUACUAUUGAAAAUGUCGCAAAUUUCGACACUGGAGUAUCUGAUGUUGGUGGUACAUCAUCGUAUGAGUCAUCAUCUUACUCAGCUGCGAUCGAUACUUCUAGAUAUGGUGCUGGUAUAGAUACUACUGCCCUUGUAAAUAAUGACCUUGAUGGUACAAAUGAUUCAGCAUCGACAGCUACUAGGUGUCAAAAUGGACGAUGUUUUAUGUAUAAGUGA